GCUGGGCUGGGCCGGGCCGGAUCGGACUGAGCUGGGCAGCGUAGGGCGGGGAAGAGGGGGAGGGGUUGAAAACCCCGCCCCCCCCUCCGGAGCCUGGGGAAAUCACACUGUGCUGGGGAAAGGGCCGCGGCAGUGUAGUGAGGGGCCCGAGGCGUUGCGGCCCUCGUGUCACCUGGUGGCCGGAGCUAGAACCUCUGAGGACGCGGAUGGCACUCCAGGCGCCUUUCUUUCCAACCACCGCCCCCUCCUGAGGCCUGCAGAAACGCAGUUCGGUCGUACCUCCCCUUGCUUCCGUGCCAACUGCCCCUCUGGAACCAAAGGAGGGGUGAUCUAGGCCCCUUUAUUUCUCGCAGCGUUUUCUCUCCCCACCUCUCAAAUUGCUCAGGAAUUUUCCUUGCAGACUCCCUGCCCAGACCAGCCCCAUCUCUUCUCACAGCUAACCCCUGGUCAAACACACGCAGAAGUACUCACCCGUGAUCUCACCCGUGAUCAUACUAAGCCUUGCAGACAAUCUGUUCUGUGGCUUUUCAGCUGCCUGUGUGACUGACCUGCGACCCUUCCCUCGAGCCAGUGGCUUCUGUCUCCACUUGCAACCACCCUCCUCUGAACCCUUAACAGCAGGAGUUAACCCUCAGCAGGAGUAUAAGGGCUCCUCCUCUUUGUUUGGUUUGACUAAAAGUUGUUAGUUUGUGCUAUGGACAUGCUCUGUUCCCUCAGAAAAGUGUCAGCCCAGUUUUUAUUUUUCUAGGCAUUAGAUGUUAUUGUCUCCUAGGAGCUUUGAUAACCCUUUCUGCCUUCGUCUCUGUACUGACCUUCCCAAAAGUAGACUCUUUGGCCUAGUUCUUCCACCACCUUGGAUCUGGGGAGCAGUGCCACAUCGAGGCUCUCACUUGGAGACAGCCUUAGAGCUGUUGCUUUUUCUCUGUCCAGACUUUGCAGGUGAUACUCAGAAGGCACAAGGAAUGCUAGUGGAGUCCCUUAUCCCUCCUCCCAACUUCUCUUCCAAGCUGCCCCUUGGGCCUUGAUCCAGAAAGCCACUUCAGAAAGGUGGUGUGGUAGCCAUGGGAGGCCUCUUGUUGGAAAGUAUGUGACAGCUGAGCAGUUAGAGGAGUUUGUGGCCAUGUAUUUUGAGUAACUUUCAGGUCGUACCGUCUAUUAUAUGAAGGUGGGCAGGUUUGGAGGGAGGAUGGGAAUAUUUCCUCCUACAACCAAACACCUGGGAUUCAUAAUCUUUCCCCUUUUCUCCUCCAGUUAUACACCCUUUUGCACUUAUUCUGUAUACUGUAUUGCAGUAGACAGUUAUUUCAAGGACACAGCAAAGUUUACUACGAUGUAAGAGACUCUUGUACAUUACAAACUAUAGAGAUGAGAUCAGUUACAGGUUUACAACAUUUUUUCCCCAGUUAAUUUGGCACAGGCAUAAAACAUAUAACAAUUCUGGACUCUUUUUUCUUUUUUAAACCUUCCUUUACAUUUGGCCAGCACUAGAAAAGUUAGAUCCUUUCUGCUUGAACUCCAGAUUUACUUACUUUGCCUUAGAUACUGGUUCUCAAAUUUACUAUGCAUCUUAAACACCCGAAGGGCUUGUUAAACUCAUUGCUGGUGCCACCCCUGGAGUUUCUGAUAAUAGGUUUGGGCUGGAGCUUGAGGAUUUGCAUUUCUAACAUGUUCUUAGGUGCUGGUGCUGCUGGUCUGGGUGGGUUUCUUAAACUGAGAAUCACUGCCUUUGGCCAGACUUGUUCACAUAAACAUUGCAGUGGUUUGGGUAUCAGAAAACUUGUGUGUGAGUACUUCUGUGCUGGGAAGUAGUAAUAGGAUCUUGUAUUUAAGAUUUAACCACUUAGGUCUUUCUUUCAUUUGUAGAAUGAAGAACAUAUACUUUAAAAAAAACUCCAAAUGCUGCUUAUCAUAUUGAAGGUGAAACAGUGAUGAGUUUUUCUCUUGAUUUUUCUUAUUUUUCUUGAUAGGAGCCUCCAUUUUGGUCAUACAGCUUAUACACAUAUUUUAGGUUUUUGCUGUGAAUCCCUGGUAUGUAAAGUUACUGCUGUUUCUUAACUAUAUGUUAAAAUCUUUAAGGUCAGAGCCUGUGCUUUUUUCAUCUUUCUCUGCCUAGCACCUUCAGUUGUGUGGGACGCAAAACUGAUGUUCAUAUAUUUGGAAUGAACUCCAUCCCCUGCCCAUCUGCCCCCUUGAAGAAGUUUUUCUUCACUAAUCCUGUGCCACAUGGUAAAGCAGUAGUGAAUGAUUGUGCCAUCUGAUUUCCCUAGGAGAUUGGAAUAAAUGAUAACGCCAAAUGCCUAUAACUGUCCCUGUGAGUGGUUUAUUACCCAGAGGUCCCGACAUCCACUGAUUCUGAAUUUCAUUAUAUCUUUAUCCAAGUUAGGGGAAGAGAAACAGCUUAAUUAAAUGCAACACAUUUUUAUUGAGCACCUUUUCUGUACCAAGUGUUUGACAAAAUGUUAGGCGUUGGAAAUAUAAAAAUGAUUAAGGAGGUCCUUGCCCUUAGGGGCAGGACUUACAGUGGAAGAUAAAGAUACUAAACAUUCCUCACAACAAGAAUGGUAUCCUGGGAUUACUUUAUGUUGGACCAUGAUUUAGCCUGCAGUGGAAACCUGAUACUCUCAUAUUCCUCUGGUCCUGCAGGCAUUGGUCCCAUCCUUUAACAGCUCAUCAUAUGCAAGGGAGCCCUAAGCAAAACCAAAAGGAAGUCAUAUAGAUAAAGAAUGGAGAUGCAAGGGAGCCCUGAGCAAAACCAAAAGGAAGUCAUAUAGAUAAAGAACGGAGAUUAUCUCGACUAGCAUAUUAAUUACAAAACUGAAAACUUGGUCUCUUGGGAGAAACUCGAGGUGCCCAGGCUGAGACUGGGGUGUGAUGACAGUGUGAGCUCUAGAUGGUGUGAGACCACCCCAGAGCCAGAAAAUGGCUGCAGCCUUGGAACCAGAGGACCAAGAUCUUUGGGAAGAAGAGGGGAUUCUAAUGGUGAAAUUGGAGGAUGAUUUCACUUGUAGGCCAGAAUCUGUCUUACAGAAGGAUGAUCCCGUGCUUGAGACUUCGCACCAGAACUUCCGACGCUUUCGCUACCAGGAAGCAGCAAGCCCUCGAGAAGCUCUCAUUCGACUCCGAGAACUUUGUCAUCAGUGGCUGAGGCCAGAGAGGCGGACAAAGGAGCAGAUCCUAGAGCUGCUUGUACUGGAACAGUUCCUUACUGUCCUCCCUGGAGAACUGCAGAGCUGGGUGCGGGGCCAACGGCCAGAAAGUGGCGAGGAGGCAGUGACACUGGUGGAGGGUUUGCAGAAACAACCCAGGAGACCAAGGCGGUGGGUGACUGUCCAUGUUCAUGGCCAGGAAGUCCUGUCAGAGGAGACAUUGCAUCCAGGAGCAGAACCUGAGUCACCUAGGGAGCUGCAGGAUCCUGCGCAGACCUUGACCCCCGAGGAGUCCCAUGAGGAGACCACACAGAACCCAAAUCUGGGGGCACCAGAGGAGCAGAGCCUGUACCAUGAAUUGGAGUUCCAGCCCCUGCAGGAGAGCGAGGUUCCAGUACCCCAGGACCCAGACAUUCCUGAGGAGAGGAACACUGGGAACUCAGAGAUGGUUGCCCUUCUUACUGCUCUGUCACAGGGUUUGGUAACUUUCAAGGACGUGGCUGUAUGCUUCUCCCAGGACCAGUGGAGUGAUCUGGAUCCAACACAGAAAGAGUUCUAUGGAGAAUAUGUUUUGGAAGAAGACUGUGGGAUUGUGGUCUCCUUAUCAUUUCCAAUCCCUAGACUAGAUGAGAUCUCCCAAGUUAGAGAAGAGCCUUUGGUCCCGGAUAUCCUAGAGCUUCAAGAGCCUCAAGAGCCAGAAAUCCUGAGUUUUACCUACACAGGAGAUCGGAGUGAAGAUGAAGAGUUUCUUGAGCAAGAAGAUCUGAAUUUAGAAGAUCUACACAGGUCUGUUUUAGGAGAUCUUGAAAUCCACCAGACUCCAGAUUGGGAAAUAGUCUUUGAAGAUGAUCCAGGUAGACCUAAUGAAAGAAGAUUUGGUACAAAUAUUUCUCAAGUUAAUAGUUUAACGAAUCUUCGAGAAACCACACCUAUCCACCCUCUGUUAGGGAGACAUCAUGACUGUCCUGUAUGUGCAAAAAGUUUCACGUGUAACUCACACCUUGUUAGACACCUGAGAACUCACACAGGGGAGAAACCCUAUAAAUGUUUGGAGUGUGGGAAAAGUUACACACGGAGCUCGCAUCUUGCCAGGCACCAGAAGGUUCACAAAAUGGGCACUCCUUAUAAAUGUCCCCUAAACCGGAAGAAUUUGAAUGAGACUUCCCCUCUAGUCCAGGCUGAAAGAACUCCACCUGUUGAGAAACCCUAUAGAUGUGAUGAUUGUGGAAAACACUUCCGUUGGACUUCAGACCUUGUUAGGCAUCAGAGGACACAUACAGGAGAAAAACCCUUCUUCUGUACUAUUUGUGGCAAAAGCUUCAGCCAGAAAUCUGUACUAACAACGCACCAAAGAAUCCACCUGGGAGGCAAACCCUACUUGUGUGGAGAGUGUGGAGAGGACUUCAGUGACCACAGACGGUACCUGGCACACCGGAAGACACAUGCAGCUGAGGAGCUUUAUCUCUGUAGUGAGUGUGGGCGGUGCUUCAACCAUAGUGCUGCAUUUGCCAAGCACCUGAGAGGACAUGCAUCAGUGAGGCCCUGCCGAUGCAAUGAAUGUGGGAAAAGCUUCAGUCGGAGGGACCACCUCGUCAGGCAUCAAAGAACACACACUGGCGAAAAACCAUUUACGUGCCCUACCUGUGGAAAAAGCUUCAGCAGAGGCUAUCACUUAAUUAGGCAUCAGAGGACCCAUGCAGAAAAGACCUCCUAGCUAGGUCCCAUGUGAGGAGAUCUAUAUUCAGCCCUGACCCAGAGAUGGGCUAGGAGAAGCCCUCUCAUCAGCCUGGGGAGACCUUUUCCAGGGAGUCUACAUGACCUGCCCAGAUCUACUACAUAACCUCUCCUGCAAUUAAGUAAAACCCCUGAGCAUAACCUCUCAACCUUUUACUCCUUGAAGAACUAGCUACUUUACCCAAAGUACAACCUGAAUUGAGGCUUCUUGAUUGGAGUGUUCCUGCCUCUACUUCAUGGGUACGAAGUAGGAGAAUUAGAAUACUUCAGGGGUUGUGGUUAUUAUAUUUUCCCCAAAAUGAGCUGUUCGAUAUCCUAAAGACUGCUCAACAGCCUCAAGUUUAAAGUGACCCAGGACAACCCCUUAAGUUUGGUAAGGGACCAGCCUGUAGGACUCUGUCUUUACUGGGCUCAAAUCUUAAAGCACAUAGCCCCGAACUCGAGGCCAGAGAUUUGCAUUCUGAUGGCUUUGCCACACAUUCACAGGAUAACUGUACACAUCUCACUGAUUCAACUUUCUCCCCAUGCACUUUCCUUGACACUGGGGAGAGAUGGGAGAAGUGUUUGAUGAGUGAAAACCUCAAGGCUGCUUCACAUGGACCUUGUCAGUAUACUUCUCUUCCCCAUUGUCAAAGUGAUACCAGGUGCCUGGCACUGCUAGAAAGGAGGACCUAGUCAGAAGCCUCUUUCCUGGUGGGUUUUUUUCCCUUGUUAGAAUACUCAUGCCGUUAGCCUUCCUACUAUUCUACCAGUCUCUUGGUUUUGUCCCUAGCACUUUUUCUACUGCAAGUGGGGUGUAGCAUUUGGGUGCCAAGGAAUUUAGUAAAGCAUAAUUAAAUCAUAAUGAAAUAAUUUACAUUUGCACAUACAUACAAACCCACCUACCCCACCCUCUUCUCGGGUUUGAGGGAAUUUUGGAACAGUGUCAGCUUAUAAAGACACUAUGAUAAUCACAGAAUCAUAAUUCAUUGGGUCACAUAACAUGAAGAAAACUGGAGAAGAUCUGAGAUCAAAUUAUGGAAAAAUUAAAGAGCUGUUACUGCUGGCCAAGGCUAUCAAGACUAUUCUGACACCCCACUCCCAUGAUCCCUGGUUCUCUGAUAUCAGGGAAAAUUAUGAACCCCAGCACCUGGGACCCUGAAGAAUUUACCAGGAGUAAAUGGCUUUCAUGUAUUUUCAUUGUUUGCUUUUUCUUAUGUGAUUUUAUUUUCAUGUAAUUAAGAACUAAAUAGAUAUGGCCCAAGGAUUUCUGUUGUCUGAUAAAGGUUCCAUGGAGACGAGGCUGAAUGAUUAUGAACCUCACGUAGUCUGAUUGUGGGAGUGGCAGGACUGGGGAGACUGUCCUCCAUAUAUGGAGCACAGGGUGUGGGAUUAAAGCAUGAGAAGGGGCACUGUCUUCUAUGGUUUCUUCUGCUCCGAUUUUCGGUUCACUGUGUACACCAGAGGAGUAUGGGCAGGAUAACAAGGCCUCAACCUUAACAGCUCAACAAGGAAAUUUUCAUUUUGAUCAGCAAUGAUAGUCUCAUUGACUGGUUUUAAUACCAGUCAACCAUUGUUCUUUGGAAAUAUAUACAUAUGAAAUAAAAGUAACAUGGGGCAGCCAAGUUCCCUGGUUUCUGAAAGUUUACAGUUAACUUAUUCACUUCUAGGAUGUCGGGUUAUUGAUUCUGUUGAGUAUUCACUUCUAGGAUGUCAGGUUAUUGAUUCUGUUGAGCAUUCAUACUCAAAAAGAGACCAGGGAGUACAGAGUAGUUUUCCAUGCAGUCAGGCUUGGCAUGGUUAGCAAAGCCACAGGUAGAAAUGUACACACAGGUAAGACCUGAGCCUGGAGUUUGCAGAAGAGACUGUCCUAAUAUGCAAACAUUUCUGAACUGUAGAUCAAAAGUUUAUACAAUUUGUCCUGGGUGAAAUAUCGCAGCCUCAAAAGAUAAUUUCUCCUAGCUCUUACCGUUUCUGGAAGUUGAUAAAAUUCUGGAGGUACAGAACAAACUGACUUAAUUCACUAAUUUCACUGCAUUAUUGCAGUAAGUGAAAAUCUAUCAAGAGAAUUCUAUAUAAGGGAAAGUUUGAGAGACUGGUCCAGUUUCUUGGAACAUCAAGUAGUUCUUUUAUUGUUAAUCCCUAUGCUGAUACUAAAUCUCUGGUCCCUUGUAAGCUACUGUAUUUUCCGGAGUUCGAGAAGGGACAUGAUAUCUCCUAAAUCUGAACACAAACUGUCCCUGUUUGCAGUAGCAGGGCUAGUACAAGAUAAACUGGAAUGAGCAAGAAGCAGUAAGGAAGAUGCAGAAGCACAGAAUGUUCUUGCCAUUUAUAAGGAGUUCCCUGUAGAAUUUUGUGAAGCAUUGAAUUUUGAUGUUCUUAAAUACCAUAUAAAUAGAGAAGUUUGAGGAAGAAAAAGGCAGGAUUUUGAAGAUAUUGGGAGAAAGCUAUGAAGUCUAACUUAGAGAAUUGCUGGGUAGCUGGAAUGAUGGAAUAAUGUGCUAAUAAAGUUACAAAGUUAAAAUGA